AGUUGUUGAAUUCAACACAUCUUCUCAUCCUCUCCUCCUCCACCUUCUUUCUUUAAUGGCGUCUCCUUUUUCAACCUUUUACUUUACAACCUAAGCCCUAAUCAAGAAACUUCUGCGUUUUUCAAUUUUCUUUUCUAGCCACACACACAAUUUUUCUCCAAAACCAACCUCUGCACUCUAGUUACUUACUUUUAGUUAUCAGUAAGUAUAGCAGAGGGAUCAAGGGAAAUUGUGGUAGGGUUUGUGAGAUCAUGGGACGUGGAAAGAUUGAGAUAAAGAGGAUCGAGAACACGACCACAAGGCAAGUAACAUUCUCGAAAAGAAGAGGUGGUCUCUUUAAGAAGACAAAGGAACUUUCUGUGCUUUGUGAUGCACAGAUCGGACUUAUCAUCUUCUCCAGCACUGGGAAGAUGUGGGAUUGGUGCACUGAACCCUUCAGGAUGGAGCAGAUCAUAGAGAAGUACCAGAGAUCAACAGGAGCUCGCAUACCUGAACGUGAUCAUCCCCGAGAAGAACUAUUCCAUGACAUGGCAAUGCUGAGGCAGGAAACUCUCCGUCUUGAAUUAGGAAUUCAACGUUAUCUUGGAGAGGACAUGGGGUGUUUACAAUAUGAAGACUUGUCUAAGCUUGAACAAGAAUUGGAGAACUCUGUGGCAAAAGUUAGAAACCGUCAGAAUGAGCUCUUGCAACAGCAAAUGGAGAAUCUGCGAAGGAAGGAAAGGAUCUUGGAAGAGGAAAACAACAAUUUGUCCAAUUGGAUUCAUGAUGAGGAGCAGCGGGCAGUGUUGGAGUUUCAAAAGGCUACAGUGGAAGCAAGCAAACCAGUGCAUGUAAUGGAUCACUUCCCAUUCUUUGAAGAGCAACCUGCUGGAAGCAUCCUUCAACUUGCUUCCCCUGUGCUUCCACACCUUCAGUACCCUUAUCUUCAACUCGCACAGCCCAAUAUUCAAGACUCAGUACCAUAACAUUAAUCAAUGAGCAAUAGAAGGAAGUGAAUGAAGUGGCUUAAUUAAUGUUAUCCGCGUAUGGUAGACAGAAAUUUCCGGGCUUUUUCCUGCGGAAUAUCAUGGCUUGGAGUUGACAAUAAUAACUUGCUGUCUAGCUUUUAAGUUUUUCAAUCUAGUCUGUACAUCAAAUUUUAGUUGUUUUGGACAAGGAAGUGUUUGUUUUUAUGUGUAUGAUCCAAAGAAAGAGUAGGGUAUUACUUUCAUCAGAUACCUAUUCACUGCUAAUCAUAGUGAUUUCCAUAUAUAUGUUAACAAUAAGAUGGGCUUGUAGACAUUAUAUA